UUGGAGUGGUUAUAGGUGCGCGUGGCUGAUGGUUCUGGCUUAGCCUGGGCUUUUUCUGAUUGUUUUUCUCCACCUAUCCAGGAUGAAAGUAGUGGCUUUAAUCAGUGGUGGAAAAGACAGCACUUACAAUAUGAUGUGUUGUCUUGCUGCCGGCCAUCAGAUUGUUGCCUUGGCCAAUUUAAGGCCUACUGAGAACAAAGAAGGAAUCGAUGAACUGGACAGUUACAUGUAUCAAACAGUGGGUCAUCAUGCUGUAGAAUUAUAUGCUGAAGCAAUGGGUUUGCCUCUUUAUCGUCACACGAUUAAGGGUACCAGCGUUAACACAGGCAGCACCUACACAAAAUGUGAGGGUGAUGAGGUUGAAGAUCUUUAUCAGCUUCUAAAACUUGUCAAGGAUAAAGAAAAUGUGGAAGCUGUUUCAGUAGGGGCCAUUCUUUCAGAUUAUCAACGAGUCCGUGUGGAAAAUGUUUGUAAAAGGCUUGCUCUGCAGCCUCUAGCAUACCUGUGGCGUCAGAAUCAAGACACACUGCUGAAAGAAAUUAUAUCCUUGAAAGUUCAAGCUAUAAUAAUAAAAGUAGCAGCUUUCGGUUUAGAUCCAGAUAAACAUCUAGGAAAAACAUUGGAUGAAAUGGAACCUUAUCUUUUGGAACUUUCUCAGAAGUAUGGAGUCCAUAUUUGUGGAGAAGGGGGAGAAUAUGAAACAUUCACAUUGGAUUGUCCUCUGUUUAAGAAGAAAAUAGUUGUGGAUUCAUCAGAAGUGGUUGUACAUUCAGCCGAUGCAUUUGCCCCUGUGGCUUAUCUCCGCCUGUUAAAGUUGCAUUUAGAAGAUAAGGUGCAGUUUGGGGAUGAGUUUCCAAUUCAGCUUGGAAAAUGUUCUUGUGAUGCAAAACAAAUUGAAGGCAGUGCCUGGCCACCAUCAGAUGAGCAAAAGGAAACCCCUUGCAUUACUUGGCAGUUUUUAAGGCCAAACUUUGCACAAGAAAGUAAGGCACUUGAAUUGUCUGCGAAGUCUCCGAAGGGUUACCAGUGGAUAACAGGCGUCAUUGCUUACUUUCAUCCAUCAGAAGGAAAAAGCAUACAAGAAUUGGCAAACGAUGUCCUUUCCUCGCUCCAAGCUCAUAUGAAUUUAAAAGGAUUGGCAUUGACAGAUAUUAUUUUGGUCCAUCUGUAUAUGAAGAGCAUGACCGAUUUUGCUGUGAUAAAUUCAGUCUAUAUGACAGCAUUUGAUUUGUGUCCUCCAGCGAGGGUUUGUGUAGAAACUCCCUUGACGGAAGACCUGCUAUUUCAGAUGGACUGCCUUGCACUAAAGUAUGAUAAGAUGAUCUCUGAUGAACCUUGUUCCCAGAAGAAGGUGAUGCAUGUACAGAGCAUUUCUCAUUGGGCUCCUGCCAAUAUUGGUCCUUAUAGUCAGUGCAUACAGGUUGAAGAUAUUCUGUAUUGUGCUGGGCAGAUUGCAUUAGUGCCCUGCACUAUGCAACUUACAAGUGGUGGCAUAGAAGCAGAAGCCCUGAUGUCUUUAAACCAUGUUGAAAGAGUCCUGAAAGCCAUGAACCUGAAGGCGGAACUCCAUCAUGUACUUAUGGCAAAUUGUUACAUAACUGACAGCAAGUUCAUUUCUGUUGCUGAAGCUGUAUGGCAGAGGAAGUUAGAAGAACUUAGAAAGGCAGAAGAUGAAGACACGAAUAAUGAUUUGCCUGAAGUACAUGGAGAACUAGUUGUGGCUGUGGUACCUUUUCUUCCAAGAGCUGCUUCCAUUGAGUGGCAUGUCAUUGCAGUAGUAGACAAACAACAGCAAAGACAAAAACUUACACAGAUGAGAUCACUGGAGAGCUGCCAAAUUAGAUGUGAAGCUGUGCAGUCCUAUCCAACAUGUACUACAGCUGUUACCAUAUCUUUAACUCUGACUUCAUCAUCAGCUUCUACAAUCAAUUUAGAUGAAGUCCUGCAUAGUAUGGUGGAAAUGUUUAAGGAAGUUGCAGAGAAGAUGUCAAAAUAUGGCGAUAUAACUCCAUUAAGUUUUAGAACAUUCUUCCGAACAAAUAUUGUUGAAAGGGAAGCACUGAAAACAGGACUCCAAGGACACCUUGAAGAACAAAUGGACAAAAAAGCACCAGCUUUAAUUAUGGUACCUGUGGUGGACUUGCCUGGAAACAAAAUUAUUCACAUAGCAUGUUGGUUCAGCCAGUAGCUAAGGACCCAUUAUUUCAGCAUAUAUUCCAUCAUGAACAAGAAAAUAUCCAUCAUGAACAAGAAAAUAUCUUGUUAUUAUUAAGUAUGUUAUCUGUACUUAUCUGUAUCUAAUAUCUGAUAUUAAUAAGCACAUUUAAACCUGGAAUAUUUGUCAGCAAUUAAUUUCUUUUUCCUACCUGGCUUCUGACAGAGAAUUCAAAAAUAAUGUUCAUAAUUCCAGAAUCCUCUAGAAUUCUUGUAUUUUUCAUAUUAAAAUCAGAAUUGUGCUUCAUUGUUUUAAUCUGGCUUUCACAGAUAACUUGUCCAAUAAAAAGUGUUUUAUUUACUUAUAUAUUGUAGUAAUUCAGGGCAAAUGCUCAAUAUAUUUCCAAUAUGUGGCUGAAAAUUAUAAAA